AUCAAAAGGCAACGAUUGACACUCCUUUUAAUUAUCUCCUUCCCUCGGCGUCAGUGGAAAGGACGCUGGCUACAAACAUGCGUCGUUUCAUAGGCAAUAAGGUUGUUUAGCUGGAAAUAUUUCUCUUUCCUUUUUUUGUUUUUAAAUAGGUCAAACAAUAAGUUUUCAACAAUGAGGCCGCCGGUGGAGGUUUCUGUGUUUCUCCUUUCUCUCUUGGCUCCUGGAGUUUUGUACACCAUGAACAACAUCCCUGCGCUUCAGGAACCUCUUCCUAUCCUGGGAAUGGGAAUGGUCGUCCUGGGAUCUGUUCUUCUCCUCCUUCUCCUCACUGUGCAACACAAGAUGAAAGUGGACCCUUUAUUCUAUGUGUUUGCAGAGUUUUCCUUCACCUGCAUGGUGGGCCUGACGAAUGCUUUAGAGCAGGAUGGGUUCCUCUCUGGCUUCAUGGGCUUCUAUCUAAAAAUGGGUGAGCCUCAUCUGAGCACUGCCUAUUCUGUGAUGAUGUCUUACUGGGAAGGCGUCAUUCACUUAGCCCUCUUCCUCACCAUCAUUCACCGGAUGUUCAGAGGGAAGUCCUAUCGAAGCCUGGGCCUGCUGUGGGCGGGCUCCUCCAUCGCCCAUCAAAUUGUUCUCAUCCCAGGAGUGGCCAUUGGUAAAUAUGGGUCUAACAUUCGACCAGCCUUUUGGAGGAAUGUCCCAUUCUUUGUGGUUCCUUUCUGGGCGGCCUCUCUGCUCUUCAGCAGACCCAGAGAGAUGCCAAUUUUCACAGCGGACAGGAUCGCAGCGGAGCAGAAGAAAGGUCUUCUGUCCCGGCCGGUCGACCUGAUUCUCUCACUUUUGUUACUGGGAUCGAUGGUGUUCUGCGUUUUCAGAGGCUUUGUGGUGCUGGACUGUCCUCUGGAUGCCUGUUUCACCUACAUCUAUCAGUACGAGCCAUACCUCAAAGACCCAGUUGGCUUCCCCAGGGUUAUGAUGCUGGUGUAUCUGUUUUAUGCUCUGCCCCUGCUGACUGUCUUCAUCUAUGGUCUGAAAACACCUGGAUGCACCUGGAUGUUAGACUGGUCCAUCUUCUUUGCUGGAGCAAUGGCUCAGACCCAGUGGUGCCAUAUCGGUGCAUCUCUGCACUCCCGCACUCCCUUCACGUACCGAGUCCCAGCAGAUAAAUGGUGGCCUGUUAUCACCCCCAAUGUGCUACUCGCUGCCGCUCCGGUUCUGCUGGCCCUGCGCUGCCACAGCAACCCUGCUUAUUUUAUGAAACCCGUUCUCAAGGGACAGACCAACAACGAGAAGAAGAAAAACUAAGCCACACACCAGCUGCGGGACUGUCGAGAGAUACUUCACGCUGUGACAAGGCUAAUGUUUUCUGGGGACUCUCUUUUGCGCACAAACUGCUUUAAACACACAGUUUUUCAACUUUAAGCCCAGAGGAAAUCUAAAAACAUUGCCCUCUGAGUCAACUGUUCAGACACAUCAGUCACAUCACGCAGCACUCCCUGCAUGGACUGUUGGACCCUGAUAAGAAGGCUGUUGAUGGAGUUGAGGGCUGUGAUCAUCUCACACAGUUUUCAGGUGACUCAUAUAGAUAUCCAGUUGGUAUCCUCCCAAACUAAGACCAUUAACCUGAAUAUAAAGGUCAGCAAUACACUUCUGGAGAGUGAAAGUCAUUAUUAUAAAACAUACAGUGCAGAUAUUCACACCUGAACAGCUUGAAGUUUGUUUUUACUGAUCUAUAAUUGACUUGGUCAGUGAAAACUAUCCCAGCUUUCAUCCUUUUAAAAACUGUGAAUAUAAUAACAGUUCAUAAAAUUCACUGAAUGCUUGAAA